GAGUGACAGUCGUUUUCUUUGGAAACAGUUUAGUUCGCGCUCAGCACGUGUAGGGAGAAAGUUUUUAGUUUUUCCUUUGAACGUUACGAGACAGUUUUUGUGAUUUUCCAAUGCAUUUGCCUGUGAAUAAUAAUAACAACAUUUUGCCUACUAUGACGGAUAUAUACAACCACUACUUGGAUACCCUUCAAGAGUACCACGGGGAGUUAGUGCGUACGGGAAGUCCUGCGGUACUUUGCAGUUCUCUACCAACUCAUUGGCGGUCUAAUAAAAGUUUACCGAUUGCGUUUAAAGUUGUCGCCUUGGAUGAUAUUCCGGAUGGAACAAUUGUGACUUUAAAAGCCGGAAACGAUGAAAACUUUUGUGCGGAAUUGAGGAAUUGCACCGCUGUAAUGAAAAAUCAAGUAGCCAAGUUUAAUGACUUACGUUUUGUUGGGAGAAGUGGUAGAGGAAAGUCGUUUACACUGACAAUCACUAUUAGUUCGGCACCUUGUUAUCAAAUUGCUACCUAUAAUAAAGCAAUUAAGGUUACUGUUGAUGGACCAAGGGAACCUAGAACUAAAUCAAAUUUUCAAUUUGGAUAUGGACUGGGAAUUCCUGGACCCUUCAAUCCAUUCCUGUUUAACCCUGGAUGGAUUGAUUCCGUUUACUCUUCAUAUGGGUUGGAUUACUUACGGCAAAGGACAAAUCCUAUGAUACCUCCAAAUGGAUUACACCCUUCAAUGGGAAAAGGUCCUGAGUUUUUUAUGCCUGUGCCGCCUCCGCCUUCGACGUUUUCUACCUCUAAUUUUUUACCUACGGUGACGGCGCCUGAAACCGUUAGUGCCCAAGAGAUUAAAAUGUCGCCUAAUAAUAUUUUGCCUAUGCCAGUAAAUGCGGAUCAGCUUAGUAUGAGGAUAUCUCCAUUAAGUGUUCCAAAACCGAGUCCGCCACAACAACAAGAGCGACGGAUACACUCUACUGUAGACCAAUCCUCUACCGACCAAUCAGAUGAUGAGGAUAUUGAUGUGGUUAAGUCUGCGUUUGUCCCAAUUAAGCCAGCUAAUCUUAUACUUCAGGAAACGCAAGAUCCGGACUCUACUGUGCAAGACAAAGAGCCUCAAGUAAACAUUGUUAAGAAUGAACUUAAGGCACCAAGUUCUAAAUCGUUAAAAUACUUAGCAGAUCAGACUCCUAAUAGGACAAAGAUUCUUUCUUCACCAGUUAAUUCCCCCAAAUCAGUUUGGAGACCUUACUAGCAAAUAUUUAUGUUGCACUCUUUACUGUUAUUAAGCUGAUUUAAGUAUGAAUUAUAAUUUUUUUAAUUUUAACCCACAAAGGUCUACUGUAUGUUUGGUGCAAUUAGCUUAUCUUUUUGUUGUUACAUAAUGUUGAAAUUUUAUUUAUUUGUAUAAAGUCUUAUUAUGUAAAUAUAGUGUAUAUUAGAUAAUAUGAUGUUAGAGAUUUUUAAAGUCUACUAAUCGGUACUGCAAUUUGUGAUAGAAGUUAAAGAAGUAAUGUAUAUGUAUAGAAAAUUUAGAUAUUU